AUGGACAAGAAGGAUCCAGAGAACAAUAUCCAAAGCCAUGAAGAAAUUCAUCCCGAUCAGGCCACCCAUUCCACGACGCCACCCGAAGAAGACAAGCCCCAUGCCCAACUUAACAACUGGCUGCCCAUCACCGCCUCCAGGAAAGCCAAGUGGUGGUACUCCGCUUUUCACAAUGUCACCGCCAUGGUGGGCGCGGGGGUGCUCGGCCUGCCCUUUGCCGUGUCUCAGCUUGGAUGGGCCCCUGGAGUGACGGCGAUUGUGCUGUCUUGGAUUAUCACGUUCUACUCGCUGUGGCAGCUGGUGCAGUUGCACGAGGUGGCUCCCGGGCGGCGGUUUGACCGAUACCCGGAGCUCGGGAUGUACGCGUUCGGACCCAAGCUUGGGUACUGGACCAUAAUGCCCCUCCAACUCACUGUUCAGGUAGCUUCCAGCAUUGUGUACGCUGUGACCGGGGGCAAGUCCCUGAAAAAGUCGUGCGAGCUUGUGUUUCCGGACACGUUCGAUGAAAUCCGAGAGACGUACUUCAUCUUGUUCUUCACGGUGCUUCAACUGGUGAUGUCCCAAAGCCCGAAUUUCAACUCCCUGAAAGGAGUGUCUCUACUUGCUGCAAUCAUGUCCUUCGCCUACUCCAUGGUGGCUUGCGUUGCAUCCUUCAUCAAAGGAAACGAGGACCACCACUCCCUCCAAGUCACGUACGGGGUUCGAUCCCACACCGCCCCCGGCCAGGCCUUCGAUGCUUUGAACGGAAUUGGGACCAUCGCGUUCGCAUUUGCGGGGCACAGCGUGGUUUUGGAAAUACAAGCCACCAUUCCGUCUACGGAAGAGAAGCCGUCGAAGGUGCCGAUGUGGCGUGGGGUUACGGUGGCUUACGUGAUUGUUGCCAUCUGCUACAUCUCGGUUUCCAUAUCCGGAUAUUGGGCGUUUGGGAUCGCUGUGGACGACGACGUUCUUGUUUCCCUGGAGAACCCCAAGUGGCUGAUAGCUGCUGCCAACUUCAUGGUUUUUCUGCACGUCAUUGGAAGCUACCAGGUAUUCGCAAUGCCCGUGUUCGACACCAUAGAAUCGGCUUUAGUAGGAAGCUACCGGUUCAAGCCAAGUCGAGCACUGCGACUCAUUGCCCGCAGCAGUUACGUUGCAUUAGUAGGAUUUGUGGGGAUGUGCAUUCCAUUUUUUGGAGGACUACUGGGAUUCUUCGGGGGAUUAGUGUUUGCUGCCACCUCAUAUUUUGUGCCUUGCAUCAUGUGGUUGAUAAUUAAACGACCCAAGCCAUGGAGCUUCCACUGGAUUGCAUCUUGGACGGCGACGAUCAUUGGAGUGUCGAUUGCAGUUUUGACGCCCAUUGGGGGACUUCGCCAGAUUAUUCUUUCAUUCAAGUCCUACAAGAUUUUCUCUUAACCUUUUCGCCUUUUCGUUUGUAGAUACUUUAAUUUCUUUCCAUUUUUUUUUUCUGGGAGGGAA